GACAUUCAGUCUCGCCUCGGCACUCGAGGAGAUUGUAUUGCGUGUUACUGCACACACCGCUCCACUGUCAUAUCAGCCAGCGCGGAAGCUGAUUCGCCGCCGCCAUUCGCUCUACGAUCCACGACAAUCGAGCGGUCCACGUUCUCGUGGACGAGGCAAUCCAAUCCCGGGAGGAUCGGCCAGGGGAAGAAGAGCGCGCGCGAGACCGGCCAGGGCCAGGUCGUUCACCUGAUUAAACGCGACCCGCCACCCGAGAGAGCCUUACCCUUACGCAAGACUCUCGACGCGCGCGGACAACUCGCGGAGGAGCCGCGGGGUAACAACAGUGCAGCAGUGCUGCUGAGGCUGGCGGAAUCGCGAGCGAGCGAGCGAGCGCCAGCAGAGGAGGAAGAAAGUUCCCCCGAGCGAGGGAAGUGAUUUUCCGUCAGUCCGAGAGCAGCUCGGGAAAGUUGGCGCGGUGUCGCGAACGCGAGCCGCCAGGAGCCGCGACUGACACGUGCGAUCGAGCGGACGGCCCGUCGUCGACACGAUCGAACUCCCCCGUGCGUUUCAUAGGGAUGCGCCACCGCACCACCACCGAGUAAGGUGGCCGCGCGGAGCGCGACCCUCCACGGCUUCCCAGCCGGGUGUCCACCCGGAAGUGUCCCAUGUGACCGCUGCACCGUGGUGCAUCGCGUGAUAUCGACUUUACUAUGAACAAUCUGCUGCGACUGAUACUAUGAGAGGAUGAGCUGCUCGGUGAAGAUCUCUUGCGGCAAGAGCUGGGCCGGCUCACAGCGCAGGAUCAACUCGUUGGCGGAGGAGACGACGACGACGACGACGACAACGACAACGACGACAACGACGACGACGUGUCCUUCGAAUGCCGUUGCCAAUUGCUGCGCCAGCCUGCAGGCCAACCAGCCGACAACGAGCACGGCAUCGACCCCGAGCUCGACGACUACCACCGCGACGAACACCAUCACCACUACCACCACGACCACCAGCACCGUAGCCUUCAACAACCCUGCGAUCGCCAUCGUCUCCGCCGCCGCCGCCGCCGCCACCGCUACGAGUAUCAACGUCUCUGCGGCUAGCGGUAAUCAGAGGGUCGUGCCACCACGCCCCGUCAAGUCGAUCGCCGCGAAGAAAGGGGAGGACACGACCAAGUUGCUGAAGUACAUCGACGAUAACGUCAUCGGCAAGAACGGCACGUUCUUCGGGCCAUUCGGCCGCAGGAAAGUGGUUUACUGCGACUACACCGCCUCGGGAAGGUCACUGCAGUUCCUUGAGGAUUACAUCGCGAAGGAGGUGCUGCCAUGUUUGGGCGACACUUGGGCCUCCACGUCCAUCUGCAGUCUGCAGUCCUCUCUCUUUAGGCACGAAGCCAGAGACAUCGUCAGACACGCGGUCGGAGCCGGCGAGCAGGAUGCGGUGUUGUUCGCAGGUCAAGGCACCGCCGCUGCCCUUCGCACACUUUUACGACAUCUCGAUCUCGCGAAAUCCACCGUGGUCUUCGUGGGCCCGUUCGAGCAUCACGCCAACCUGAGGCCUUGGCGCGAGCUCGAUGUCAAGAUCGUGAGGAUCUCCGAGACGCGCGAGGGCUUCUUAGAUCUGAACGAUCUCGAACGGGGACUCGCCAGAAUGCGGAGCGAGGGCGUUGCGCAAAUGAUCGGAUGCUUCAGCGCUGCCAGUUGCAUAACGGGGGUUUUGGCAGAUGACGUCGCUACGACCCUCCUGUUGCACCAAUACGGCGCGCUCAGCGUGUGGGAUUACACCACCGCAGCCCCUUACGUCCAGAUCGACAUGAACCCUCACCUGCCCGGGGUCGGCGAGACCGCCGUGCACAAGGACGCGAUCAUCUUCGCGGGCCACAAAUUUAUCGGCGGCGUGCAGUCGCCCGGUGUACUCGUGACCAAGCGCUGGCUCCUGCGGGAGGACGUCGAGGCCGAGGACAUGCGGGAUUCCCACCGCUACCAUCGGGAUCCCGAGCUGCGGGAGGAGAGCGGCACCGGCGGCGUCGUGGAGAGCAUCCGAUGCGGACUGGCGGUGCAGCUGAAGGAGAACGUCACGCCGAGAGCGAUCGUCGCGCGGCAGGAUAAGAUUUCCAGGCAAGUUUUGGCCCAUGUGCGGACAAUCCCGGAGCUGAUCCUGCUCGGCAGUUCGUCGCAGAACGUCAAGCGCCUGCCGAUCUUCUCGUUCAUGGUGCGCCAUCCCCGCGGCACGUUCCUCCACCACAACUUUGUCUGCGCCGUCUUGAACGACGUGUUCGGCAUUCAGGCGCGAGGAGGAUGCGCUUGUACCGGUCGUUACGCCCAUGACCUCAUGGGAAUCGACCGGGAACUCGCCAAGGAGUACGAGGAUAUCCUCUUGGAAGGGCAACGCACGAGCGCAGACGAGACCACCGCGGAGGGCCUCAGGCCGGGCUUCGCCCGGCUGUCCUUCCCGUACUUCAUGAGCGAGGCCGAGGUCGCCUUCGUCCUGGAGGCGCUCAAAAUGGUGGCCACCGAGGGUUGGAAGCUGCUGCCGCAGUACGUGCUGAACCCGGACACCGGCGAAUGGCGGCACCACACCAACAGCGUCUUCAAGGAACGCAAGUGGCUCGGCUCGAUCAGGUACACGGACGGCAGGAUGAACGCCUCGGAGAGGCGCGCCUCCGGCUCCGGGGUCUUCCCGCAGAACUACGGCGACUGCCUGCAAACCGCGCGCAACAUCUUCAACCGCGCCCGGAAAAUGGCGCAGCGUUACCCCCUGCAGAUCGACAAGAGCUUCAACUUCGUGUGCGAGCGUAUGGAGGCGCUGCGCUGGUUCAUGCUGCCGAGCGAAGCGCAGGAUCUCUUGCUGGGCAACUCGCAGAACGUCAAGCAGGACGUGCCGUUCAACCCGCUGCUGGCUUGGAACAGGUACAGCUACCCGCCGGCCGGCACCUGCCACGACAGCCUGGUGAACUGCUUGGCCAACGGCAUCCGGCGACUGAACAGCGACAUCCCGCGAACCGGUAACCUGCCGGUCUCGUCGGCCUCGCCCAGGCAUCGGAGUCUACCGGCGUUGAGUACCGCCAGACGCACCGCUCUGAUCUCGCGAUCCGCGGCGAAACCGAGUCAGCCGACGUCGUCGUCGAGCAACAGCGAGGAGGAGAGCUCGAGUCAGAACGACCGUGGUAACCUGUCCGGCGGGCAUCGAUCGCCCGCCACGUGUCCGAACUCGCCGAUGCCGGUGAGGUUUGCGGUGGGCGAGGCCGUGACCACCUCGAUGCUGGGUUCGAUAUCCCGCGCGACCGUCCGACCGACGAAGGAGCAGAGGGAACUGAUGGACGCGACGAACGCGGCGGGUCGCGCGAGGUGCAAUUCUCUCGGAAGCACCACCGACGGCUGCAACGUGCCGGGAAAUCGAGCCGGUACCGCGUCCGCCUCUUCGCCGAUCCCGCCGUUACCUCUGAGCCCGCAGACCUUGACCAGCCUGGGCCUGAGCACGACCAGCGGCUCGUCGUCGAAGCACAAGCGUCUGCACUGUAGCUGCAGCAGCCAGACGGAGCUGAAUUCGUUGGAACUAGACUCCGCCGCUAGCCCGAGUCACUCGAUCUCUUCCUUGAACUGUCACAAUCCGGCGUCACCGCCGUCCUCCUACUCGUCGGCCAGCGAUUACACCGAGCGACUGGUGGGCGGUGGCAGAUCGUCGCCCAUCUCGACGUGCGCCGGCCAAAGAUCCGAGGACGAUCUCAGCGCGUACGUGAAGGAGGUGACGAAGGAAUUGGCCACGGAGAUCAAGUCGGAGAUACGCGAGGUCAUCUCCAAGGUGGACGACGCUCUGUCGGAGACGAACACGUCCGAGAGCACGCCGCAGCAUCAUUCGCGAGCGCACAGCAUGAUCAAUCAGACAUACGUGGAAGACAAGCAGACGAGGCACGAUUCCUUCACAGCCAGCGACAUCGCCGAGUACCUGAUGGAAUUCUCCAAGGAGAUGGCCAGCGAAGUGAAAUCCGAAAUAAGGUGCAUGGUGAACGCGGUUGACGGGCUUCACAGGUACUCACCGGACGCCUCCACGUCGGAUGUCUCGUCGAACGGAUGCGGCUCACCAGAUCGGGGGAGAAUCGUGCUUCCCUCGUCGGCGUCGCCGCGUUUCUCGAGCGCGAGGAAGAGCGGCCCGAUCGAGAUCACCAGCAAGGUCGGCGAGCUGUCACAGCAGGAGAGCAAGAUGUCGAGCGAGUGCUCGUCGGACGAGACGGUGAUCUACGUGAUGAAACCGUCCGAAAGCGAGCAAGUGGUUCGCGGACGCUCCAAAGCCGAGGACGAGGAGGUGGAGAAUGACGUGGACGAUUACGUGGACGACGACUCGCAGGAGGGACGCGGUGGUUUGGAUAUCGGCGAUGCUCGCAAGGUCCUACCGAAGAUCUACUCGGCCGUAAACUCGGUCAGCUCUCAAGACAGCGGCAUCAACCUGUCAUUCCACGAGAGCGACAAGUCGAUCGACUCGUUGGAUCUGAAACGAAGCAGCAGCGCCGAGUCCAACUCCACCAACAGCUACGGACGGAAACCACGGCCGACGACGAUGACGAGCCUGUCGAGCAAGAACAGCGGCGGCAAACAGCAGCACGCGCGUCAGAACGAAAACCUGUCGGAGGACGAGGAGUGCACGGGUGAUGAUUUGAGGGAAGAAGAGGGCGACGGCCAAGAGAACAAGUCCGAAGACGGCGAUUCUAGGCUCGAGUUCCCGCGGACGCAGUGGCACUGCCCGCCGAAGAAUAUCUGGAAGCCGUCGGUGGAGGCUAUGCAGGAAUUCGACAUGAUCCGCGACAACGACAGGGUGCUGGUCUGCCUGUCGGCGAACGGCAAGGACUCGCUCUCCCUGCUGCACACUCUGCACCAAUACCGAUUCUACGCCAGGUCCAAGGGAAUCGACUUCGAGAUCAGCGCGGCGACAGUCGACGCGGGCGGUGCCGAUCCGUUGGAGCUGAUGAGCUACCUGAAGACCUUGGAAGUGCCGUACUUCUACGAGGAGCAAGUGACGGACUCGAGCGGUGCCAACGUCGACGAUAAUCUGUUGGACGCCAGCAUCGCCAGCGGAGCAUGCAGCUUCUGCGACCGGUCGGUCAGGACGCAACUGUACUCCUUGGCGAAGCGGAACGGCUACAACGUGCUGGCUCUAGGCCAGCACUUGGACGACCUCGCGGAGAGUUUCCUCAUCUCCGUGUUCCACGGUGGCAUGCUAAAGACCAUGAAGGCGCACUACUACAUACGUCGCGAGGAUCUCAGAGUUAUCAGACCCUUCAUCUACGUGCGGGAGAAGGCAUUGAAGCAAUUCACCGAGAGCAAGAAACUCAGGAUCUCGCAGGGCUCGCAGUCGCCGCGUCCAUCCGAGAAGCAGAAUCGACGGAAGGAGCUGAUGCUGCAACAGGAACGCGCCUAUCCUCGGCUGCACUGGUCCGUACGUACUGCUCUGCGUCCUCUGAUCACCGCGCACGGCCAGAUCACCGCCUUCGACUUCGGCAACGGCAACAACAUCGUCAAUAGUCCGAGCAGCACCAGCAGCAGCAUCAGCAGCAUCUGCAGCAGCACCAGCAGCGGCGGCGGCGGCGGCGGCGGCGGCGGCGGCGGCGGUAAUGGCAACGCUGGUAACACCGUCAGCGGCAAUCAGCAGAAGCGACAUCGGAGGACCAAGGCGAACUCGCUCGCGACCACCUCGUCGUCGUCGCAACAAACCGACGAGAACAACGAGACGGACGAGGAGCCCGUGCUCUGAGGAGGGCCCACCGCGAGAUGGGGCCCCGAUCGUCCCGCGGUCCCAUCCUCGCGUCUCCGUCGCAGAUGCCCGACGUCGACGUUCGCCCUCGUGAGGAGGAGACGGCUGCGCUUCGCGGCCGCCGUCACCGCCGCUAAAACCAACGAUCAGCAACGAUCGCGCGCCGAGCACGGCAAUUGAACGGCGAAUCGCCCGAGGCGCGACUUCGCCGAGGGACUUGUCUCUCUCGUGUCUCUUUCUCUUUUCUUCACACACACACACACACACCUCGCUGAGACUCGGACUCGGACGAUUUCAGGACACUCGUCACACUGAGCACCCGCAUGCCGAGCGCACAGUACUCACGUGGAAUCGCUUGCGUUUCUGAAAGUUACUCGUGUGUGCACCUCUUUGUAACUUGUCGCGCGACACCCUCUCGCGCUGUUCUCGCGAGUCUGCGGGAAGACUGGAGGCUGGAUUUCCCGGAAAUCCCAGUGCACGGAAGCGCACCGAAGCGACGUGCGGAACGGACGCCGCCGCGACUCUCCGAAGGAUUGAACGCGGUCGGUGGCGACUCCGUGUUCGUCGCGGCUGGCCGAGAAGAGACGGGAAAAGACUAUCGACGCGAGUUAACGAUGAUCUCGAAUGGAAGAAAAGUCGCUUUCUCUCUCUUUCUCUCCUUCUGUGUGUAAUUUUACCGACGUUGCUAUGCAAAAGACAAUAGACGUGGUGCUGCUCGCUUCUCGAGUGAUGAUAAUUUCAGGACAAUGUAAGCAUAAGGUUUUUGUGUUUACGGCACGAAGUAUCGGUUUACGGCCGAGCGUAUCGGCAGCUGCGAACAGCUCGCGAUUGCGACUGCUGCUGCACGCCGGAAGGACACAAUGCACCGUAUCGAUCGACGAGCCGAACAAGACGGCGCGUCCUGCCUCGCAUUGUCACGUCGAUCACGCGCUGCGACACGUGCCGCGAUUGAGACGCGACAACGCGUAUGCGAUUAAAGGUCGCGAUAACGCUUCACAGACGCGAUAAGCGAUAGCUGCUUAAUACCGAAAACAUACACAGAUUAUGUGUUACGUAUACUCUAUGAGAGAGAGAACAAACACACACACACACACACACACACACACCCGCAGUCCGGAGAGCGCGAGCGGAGCGAAGGAUGUCGACCAAGUCAAAACCUCGACCGCUCGGCCGACGAGAGGUCGAGCCGCGGCGACACGUCGUCGAGUAUACCUUUUUUACGCAUAUACAUAUUUUUUAUUUGAUAAUAAUAACUUUAAUGAUUAAGGCCGUUGAAUCGCGUCGAAUCGCCGGGCAGACGCGAGUUUUCUAAAGCGAUCAACCGCAGCUCGACGCCGAUCCUUUUUCAACCGACGGUGUUACCGACGUCGUUCCAGGUCGCCUCUUCGGCGACGGCCCGACUCGACGACGGGCGUGUUUUCUCGCGGUCAGGAAAACGCGUCCUUCGGACGGUCCGUCACGACGAGGCGAGCUGGAGACUCGAGAAUUCGCCGGCUUCGGUGGCUCGGGAGGCACGCUAAUGUCUGGCGUCGAGUGCAUCCAAGUGCAACGGCGCGACGUCGUCCGUCGAUGAGCCCGGUCGUGGGCGCUUCGUCCCGACGACGCGAGAGGACCAUCAUAGAGGGGUGACGAAGGUUUUGACGAGCGUCGCAUCCGCGCUGCGUGAACUCCGCGCUGCGUGAACCCUCGAGACGAGGGUACACGACGCGUCAAAGGAGUCGAGGCAUACACCGGACACACACGCUUCUCGCGCGAAUAAAGCGCGCCGUCGGAGACCGUCUGUUCUCUUCCCUGUUCUGAGUCUCCUCCCAGGCGAGAGAAUCGCGAAAGAGGAAUAAAGAAGCGGAAAGGAGGAGGAAAUUCGUGACUCCGUGAAAUUAGACGAUGUUCGAGGAAUUGCCGGUUUAUCGGUGUGAUAAACACGAGAGGAGCUUGCGUCACACUGAGAAGAAAGCUCAGUGCAUAUUUUAUUGGGAAAAGCGAGCCCAGCGUCGCGUGUCGAGUCGGGCGAAUAUUCGAGCGGUGGUCUCCGAUGUGGCAAGUUUCAGAACGCGCUGAAACGAAGGCUGCUUCCUCUCGACUGGCGUCGUCGCCAGACAACAAUGCGAUGACGAGUGCGAAACUGCGUGUUGUUCCCUCCGUGUUCACUCCGUGACGUCGCUCGCGAUGCGGUUUGAUUCGCGCGACGAUGCUAGGAACUAACGAUGAGGACGAGGACGAGGACGAGUCGCAUUGCAGACGAGACGGAGACUGGGUCGCAUUGGCGGUCUAAACUAAAGCGCAUAAUAGCGCGAUAGCUCGUCGCUUGACGCAUAACUGGGUCGAUCGGGCGCGCGCAGAUCGACUCGGCUGACACAUGGAAUUCUCGCUUGGGAAGGAAGGAAGAUUGAACUAAAUUUUGCAUCCACUUGGAGAUCGUACCGAGAGUUUACCCUGUGACGUAUCGACGACGUCUCCGAGCCGAGCCCGAUUGCGUCGGUUGCGACUCCGACGGUUGAAACUGCUCUCGAGUGAGGAAUCCGCGAUCCUCUUCUAAAUCGUAGCUCCGCCUCCGGCGUCCAACGACAGCGGAAACAAAUUAGAUCGAUACGGAUCAUCAUUAGUCGGUAUCGAUGCAACGCGUAAUGCUAUAACAGAGAGACCGAGAGAGAGAGAGAGAGAGAGAGAGACCGAGAGAGAGGGAGGGAAGGGGAGGAUUUUAUGAGGAUUAUAUCGUAAGAACCUACUUAACAAAACGUCGACAGAUAACGUACAACGGUGGACGGGGAGGGAACGCGGAACAAUUGGACUAUGUAAACGUCAGUCGAGAGAACGAGUCGGAUGACGUAAGGAGACUUGCGAGAGGACGAGGCGUUCCAAACGAGGCAAGAGAGGAAACCAAUAGCCGAGAAUUCGCAAAGGAAGGGAAUGAUAGAGAAGAAAAAAGAAAAAAAAGAAAAAGAGAAAAGAAAAUUAAUCCGUGAGCCGCGACAGGCACGGAUCGUUAUGUCGAUUACGAUGAUACUUAAUAGCAGUGGUCUUAUGUUGUUCACCUCUUCUCUCAUGUUCGGCUGUUGUACGCUCGCUAAUCGUUAGGAUUUAAGUAACGUUAAGACUUGUACGUAGAUCGCAUGUGGGAAAGAAGAAGAAAAACAAUACGUACGCAACGUAGACGAUGAUCUUACUGAUAAGGAGAUACGCGCGUAUACCGUUCGUAUCGUACUGAGUUUUUUAACAAGUGUUCGUUCGUUCGUUCAUUCGUUCGUUCGUUCGCUCGUCCGUUCGUUCGUUCGUUCGUUCGUUCGUUCGUUCAUCGUUAACCGAGCGCGCAAGGAAGCUGGAAUUAACAACCAAAUGAUAAGCGAGGAGUAAGUCUUGAUCUAUACGAAUCUUUGCGAAUAGAUAUUAUCAUAUUUUCCGAGAGUUGCGAAAGGGACAUUGUUACUGUAAAGAUAUGUAAGUUUAUUUAUCGCUAAUAAAAAUGAACGUUUAAGAAAAAAAGGUAAAAAGUA